GACGGCCUGAGGUGCGGACAGCAUUCCCUGAUGAAAAUGGCCUCAAAUCCGGGAUCACAGUCUGCUUCCCCGUGUACUUCAUCUGCCUCCAAGGUCGCCAUCCCGAGAUUACCGAUAUGUGAAGCCACUUCUAGGCCACGCACCAGCAAGGCAUGUAAAGAGUGCAGAGCUCCAGGGAGCUGGCCAGCCUCACACCUCGAGAUAUCUUGUUCACCGAGGAGGAUGAAAUAAAGAUUCAUAUGUCCGUCCUAGCGACAGACCGCACGACACUGAUAUCGAUUGAGGUAUAGCGGGUAUCGAGAACCGUCGCCAAGUCGACCCUUCCCGGGCCGACGCAAUGACUUCUACAUUCAAUGCUCUACGGUCGAUUCUCGACAAGAUCAUGCAGAAAGAUGGCUCCAAUUUUACUUGGAGCCAGGAGAUCCGAAGCCUUAAAUCGGCGCUGGCCAAAAGCACCUCCGCGCGAUGCUUGGAUAGAUUAGUGCAACACACCUUUUUGAGCAAGUGACCGGGGAGGGAGGCCUAAAGGUACUAGUAGCCAAUUCAGUAGAUUGACAAGGCCCGUGACAAUGUAAAGCUCGGCGAGCACAACACUGUCUAAGUGAGACAACAACGACUGGUCGAUACAUCGGUCGUCCUGGAGAAGGUAGAGAACCAGACAGACUGAUUCCGAAGAGGAGCCCGUUCUGGACCAGCACAGGGUACAGGGGGUCACAAUACCACAGGACGCUUUCACCACAAGAACGAAACACGUGAAUUGGGUCGAACGGAUGCCCAGAAGUAAG